CCGGCCGGCCCGGCAAGGAGUGCGGGUCGGUUUUGUGCGCGUUGCCGGACGAGGCUCCUGCCGCCCAGUGACCCGCGCUCCGCCCCGUAGCCGGCCGGCCCUUGUCCACGCUGCGGCAAGAAAGGUCACUGGAAAGUUGACUGUGACCUGCGCCCUCACGGGAAGGUCACAUCUCUUCCCUCCAAAAAACCGAAGCAACUGGACCUCAGCCUGCCCAGCCUUCUAGGCCUCGCCACUGAAGACUGAGGGUGCCCGGGCCCCACAGCCCCCACGCCUAUCACUCCUUCGGAGCCCAGGGUAACUGCUAGUGGCAGGGAUCCUGGUAGCUAAUGUCAGAAGAAAGUGACUCUCUGAGAACCAGCCCUUCCGCGGCCUCGCUUUCUGAAAAUGAGCUGCCGCCAGCACCCGAGCCUCCUGGCUACGUGUGCUCACUGACAGAUGAACUGGUCACCAAGGCCAGGGAAGAGCUUCAGGAGAAGCCAGAAUGGAGGCUCCGGGAUGUGCAGGCCCUCCGUGACAUGGUGAGGAAGGAAUGCCCAAACCUGGGCACCUCACUGGACGACGCCUUCCUGCUGCGCUUCCUCCGAGCCCGCAAGUUUGAUUACGACCGGGCCCUGCAGCUCCUGGUCAACUACCACAGCUGCAGGAGAAGCUGGCCCGAAGUCUUCAAUAACCUGAAGCCAUCGGCCUUGAAAGAUGUCCUCGCCUCUGGGUUCCUCACCGUGCUGCCCCACACUGACCCCCGAGGCUGCCACGUCCUCUGCAUCCGCCCAGACAGAUGGAUACCGAGCAACUAUCCAAUUACCGAAAACAUCCGCGCCAUUUACUUGACGUUAGAAAAACUCAUUCAGUCUGAAGAAACCCAAGUGAAUGGAAUUGUAAUUCUUGCAGACUACAAAGGAGUGAGCUUAUCAAAAGCAUCUCACUUUGGCCCUUUUAUAGCCAAAAAGGUGAUUGGCAUCCUUCAGGAUGGUUUCCCCAUUCGGAUAAAAGCGGUCCAUGUAGUGAAUGAACCGCGAAUAUUUAAAGGCAUUUUCGCCAUCAUCAAACCAUUUUUGAAGGAGAAAAUAGCAAACAGAUUUUUCCUCCAUGGAUCUGACCUGAACUCUCUUCACACAAAUCUUCCAAGAAGCAUUCUCCCCAAGGAGUAUGGGGGCACCGCUGGGGACUUGGACAUCACCGCCUGGAACGAGGUGCUCCUGGCCUCAGAGGAGGACUUCGUGAGAGAGUUCUGCCAACCUCUCCCUGCCUGCGACAGUAUCCUGAGCCAAAGCCUGCCGCCCGAGGGGCUGUCCUCAGACGUGCAGUGUGAUGACUCUGUGCGGGCUGUGAAGUCACAGCUGUACUCCUGCUAUUAGCCAGGCCCCCUGUGCAUCACCAUCUUUCAAUCUUUUUUCUCUCCUUCGGCAAGGCACAAAGAGAAUUCAAAGUCCGUGGAUUCAGUCUUGCUCCUUGUAAUGAAACUGCAGCGUGGAGGAAAAGGCUGUAGAACCGUGAGGGUGAGCCAAGGGUUAUGCCCUUGAUUACUUGAAUUAUUCCAUGGAAGACAUGGAAAACUUCCCCACUGAUUCCCAAAUGUUUGGAAUCCCAGUUUGCAACCAUUAAUCCAGACGCUGUAUCUGGUUCUUUUACAUCUCAAAGCAAGAAAAAUCAGGACCAAAGUCACUUUGAUGCCACGUUCCAGAAGAAAACAUCUUAAUUGACCUGUCAGCACACUCCUAUGAAACAGUUUGGCCAAGCUGGCAAGGUGGCCACACGUGAGACUUUGGGAGUUUGUGCCUUUCACAUGAACCUUAACUGCAGACUUCUGUUGCUUAUUAGGAAUCUUCAAGUUUAAGGUCCAGGCCACAGUUGCCAUCAUUGGGUUUGGAAGGCACCUAAUCUCAAUCAGGCAUGCAGCGGGACAUAAUUCGUGGUUAAAUUUGGGAGCCAGAGACUUCAGGCACCUCUGGGAUUCAUUGACUGACUCUUGCAAUAGAACUCAAGUUUUCCCAAACCCAUAAAGCCUUAGCCCUGGUUCUCAAUAGAAUCAUUCAGGGUCUUAGAAAUAUGUGAUUUUACUCAACCUAAAAUACUGCAUGCCAGGCCUGUGUAGCUAAAAAAUUCAGAUCUAAGAAUGAAGAGACCUGGGCUCCAGCCUCCGAUGUGUAAUGGUGGACAAGACCUGGGCCUCUGUGGGCCUCAGCUUUCUCCUCUGUAAAAUGAGGUUGAAUGAAAUGACACGUAGGGCCCUUUUGGCUGCUGAGGUUCUGGGGUUCAGUUUAGUUAUUGAAUGUUAGACAUUGCUUUUUGGCCUACAAAGAUGACUCUAGAUACAAGUGGCUGGAUCCUGAUUUUGUGGUACAUCUGGGUCUUUCCAAGAGGAAUAUCUCACUGUUUGGCCCUGCUUUGAAAGAAACAAGUAUGUAUAUUCCUGGAACUGAGCAAUACCAACUUCUUUUCAUAGUGAGGGUUAAACUUGAAAAAGAUGGCUUUUGUGAGGGCAGGUGAGAUGACCAGGACCUUAUAUGAAUUCCUUCCAUCCCGAGGAUCUGGUGGUGUAUUGUAAACCUGGCAAGAGGGAGUGGUUAAAGUACUUGGGAUUCUGGAAUUUUGGUCUCUGGAAAUGAACGUGAGGGCAGGUUAUUGUUGGGUCACUUCUGGGGCCCCUGCCCUCCCAACCCCACUUGUUUCUCUCUGUGAUGUGGUCGGACACACUUAAGUCUGCCCAGCCGGACCGAAUGUCAGUUCUGCAUUGCAGCACUUUAGACCCUUCCUGUCCAGAACUUAGCCUUACAUAGCCCACAUUAGGUGGUUCAUCUGGUGGCUUUUGACCUGUUUCCUUUCAUAUUCAUUCCAUGCAGAUUUUGGUGUUAAAUAGUGACAAAUACUAUGUGUUGUGUGUGUACCUUCUCUGUGCAUUUAUUAGGCCACCUGACAAGGUGGACAGCUCAGUUAGGAAGAGAACAGGUACACUGAAAUUCAAAGGCCAGUCUGUUGUGAAUAAGCUGUUCACCUUUAUAGCACUUUUGAAAAUGUCUGGAGAAGUUGGUGGAAAUUACUUACCUCAUUCGUGCCAAUUCUAGGGAAAGCUCUUUUCACCAUCAAUACUAACCCUAGAUCCUCUGGGGACCUGGCUGAGCUGGAAGUGCCACAAUGCACCCCCCCAUUGCCUCUAGUUCCAUCUCACAAUGUGGUGUGACCAGCAUUGCUGAAAAGAUCUGAACAGGACAAGUGGGACGGCUAAUGUAGAGGGUUCAGAACUCAGCUGCCUGGAUGGGAGAAAUGGUUAGAGGCUUUCUUGGGCCCCAAAGAAAAGAUUAAAACAACAGCAGCAGCAGCAACAACAACAACAACAACAAAGGCUAGACAGAGAAAUGAAUCUCUCAGCCCCACCACAUUUCCAGAGUUUAAACUCUGCAUUGCGUUCCUGGCCUUUUGUCUAUGUGACUUUACACAGGGGCGGCCAAUCUCACCUAGAGAAAUAUCUCAGAGACCAGAAAGAUGUUACUCAGACCUUUCCAGUUGGACCAAGGCGCUCUUUCAUCCAGCUUCUGAAAGGAGUCAGAGCCAAGGUAUGUCUGCCUUCUGGAACUGCUGUGCUUUGUUUUGGCUCCAAAGAGAGAUCUAAUAACUUUGGCACCUCAGGAGGUUUGCACCAGGCUGCGAAACCGGGACCUCCCUGGGUUGAAAUCAAGGCAGUCUCCGUGCGGCUUCACCAGGCAAUCAAAUCACUCAUACCUUUUCCCCAGCAGGGAGGGCGGGGGAGCACACAGGAGCCUUAUCGUGUGCAGGCCCGCUGACAGAGACCAACAGCACCUCGGGGGAACUGGGAGUGCAUUCCUUCAGGGAAAAGCUCCAGCCCAUUUCAGACACCUGAAAAUUAACUUUUCCCUAAAUUCAGGGUAGUGUGAUGUAGGGAAGGGAAAACAGUACAUCCAGAGACCUGAGUUCCAGCUGCACCUUGCUGUGUGGCCUUGGACGAGCCACUGAACACUCCUGAAUCUUCAUAUACUAGACAGGGCUUGCAGCCUGAGCUCCGAGCCCUCUGUUCCCAGCAUCACCCUCACUGCCACAGGGACACUGCACUCUUUUUAGAGGCUUUUUUCUUUUUUUCCCCACACGGGUUAGUAUCCAGGAAAUUUAGGCCAGAAUGAAUUGGCACCUAAAGCUUCCAAACGAAUCUGUAAGCUUCAGUAAUAAUGGGGGCUUCCUUCUUCCUAACCCACACGCCUAAACACAAUUCUGAAAAACUCUGCCUCUUCCUGGAGUCCUGUUCUACCUUCACGGGGAGAGGCUGAAACCUGUGCAAAGAAAUUCACAGAAACAGCCGCAUGUGCAACUCUGGUUUCCCCUUUUGAGCUUCUUUGCUUUUGGCAUGGGUGGCGUUAGUCCCUCUUACUUCAUCCUGCUUUCACAAGGAGCCACUUGUCCUGAGUUUACAAAACUUCAGCGUUUAAGAUACUACAUUUUUGCCAGAAAGUGUCAGGGCAGUAAGAGUAUUUCCUCCGAAUUCCUGUGAGAUAGCCUUUCUGAAUUUUCCCCGGGUGGGCAGUUUCUUUAAAUGCCAUCUGAGUCUCAUGGGAUCACUUUUUCAUUUGGGUAGGCAAAAGCUGUAGUACUAUUGUGGCAUUUUUAUAAUACCUCAUUUUAAACUUUUCAGCUUUUAAGGUUUUCUUUUGAAAUCUCUUCUUUUAUUUAGGAAGUAAAAUGUUAAGUCAUGAUCUAACUGUGGCCGUCCUGUGAUGUGAGAGGUAUGGAGAUACCAGAAACUUAUCAACUGUUCAGAAACGAUGUCAGCUCUCAGUAUUGGGAGUUGUUAACUUUGUAAAUCUAAAUGCCUUUCUGCUCUCCUGACUCAGAAACAGUUUGCUUGAAAUGCAAGGAACAGGCAUCAUCAGAGUCAAAUAUUCCUCCUUAAUAGAGCUUGCUCCGUGGGGAGGCCCAGUGUGACUCUUGAAUGGCGGUGCUUGCCACGUAUUUCCCUUUUCACCAGUUCUCUGCUUUUCUUUUCAUCUCCCGGGCGGGCGGUGUGCUUAGUCAGGUGGCUGCUCUUUGGGGAUUCUUGUGGAUACGCCUCACCUCUUGGCACAUCAGGUGGGAACCUGUUACAAGUGACAUACUUGAAACCUCUGGGGCCACGAGCCUCUGACACCAACCACUCUAACGGGGUGGGAGGAUGGGCUUCUUUUCUGACCAGAUUGGGGCACCAUUUCAGCAUUGGUCACAUUCCUUACUUCAAACUGAAGUUCAGUUUGGCUUUGGGUAUAAGGAUGCACAAUGGUGGACUCAUCUACUUCAGUGUUUGUUUUGACCAAAAGUUUAUUUUUCUAGUGCAUUUUCUAAGUCAAAGUGGUAAAAACAUGUAAUUUUAGUAUGCAUGACUGGGUCUUAAACAAUAAAAAUCCCUGUAAGAUUGA